AUGGGUGUCAAGAGAACGCUUGCCGCAGAGCACAAGCACAAACGUGUUGAGGUCCGUCAACGUUUAUUUGACGGCUGCAAUGAGGCGAAGAAUUUUUUGAGCAGAAUUCUUUUUUUUCUUCUGUCUUAUCUUCUUUGUUCAUUUUUCUUUCUUUUUUCUUCUUUUCAUAGUCUUCUGCCUUUCUUCAUCUAUUCGGAUCUUUUUUUCAUAAAAAAAAUCAUUUCCUCUUUCUGUUCUACAAAAGUUAUUUUAUUUCUUUUUUCUUUCACUUUGUACAAAAAUAAUAAUAAUUCUUAUUCUUUCUCCGCUAUAAAAAUGAUUUUCGUCUGUUUUUCUUUUACUUCUGUGAAAAUUACUUCCUUUCUUUUUUCUUUCCCUUCUAUGAAAAAUAUUUUCUUUCUUUUUUCUUUCUCUUUUAUAAAAAUGAUUUUCGUUCGUUUUUUCUUUCACUUCUAUAAUAAAUACUUCUUAUGUUGUUUCUCUUCUAUAAAUUAUUUUCUUUCUCUAUAA